AUGCGUAUCGAUUGGCGAUUGCUGGCCGCUCUCUGCGUCGCAGGUGCUGUACGGCCGAGCAGCGAGACUUCGCACGCGGCGGGCAGUGUGAGCCUCGCGAGCUCUGAGACUCCUGCCGUGCCCGGCGUGCCGGCGGCGCCCAUAGGGCCGCAAGCGGGCCAAUGGCAGGAAAGGAGGAAAGAGCUCAAGUCGGUGGCCCGCUUCUGGGCAGUGCUUGCUGCACUUGCAGCUGGAGGCUAUGGGGUCUUCUUCCUGCUGAAGAGGGAUGAGCGCUCCAUGGACGUGAGCAAGCUCUUGAAGAUGGUUGCCCUGAAGCUCUACAAGGACAAGGUCUUCACACAGAUGUCCUGGACUGCUUGCCUGUUUGGCCUCGCCGAUCUACUCGCACAGCGCGUGCCAUCCUACCACGAGAAGUCCAAUCUGCAAGACGGUUACAAGAUCGGUGGCUGGGACUGGCGGUACACGCUCGCCAUCGUGUCCACGGCAUGCCUCUUCCAGGUAGCAAUCCUCGGCCGCUUCUACGAGUACUGUGAUCUGCGCUUCGGGAAUGCCACGACUUGGCAAGCUGCCUUGCUGAAGGCUCUGAAGAUGCAGGCAGCCUUCAGCUUCGGAUACUUGCCCCUCGGGGUUCUCCUUUAUGCCUUGUCCAUCUGUUUCGUGUUUCGGAGCUUUGCGGACUCGACUGACAACUGCGGUCCGUCCGCCGUGGCCGGGCUUCCUUGGAACCUGGGGAGCAGCAUCGGUCAGGCCGUGGAGUUGUGGCCAGGAGACUAUCUGCACUCCGCGGUGUUCUGGCCACCAAGCCAGGCAGUGAACUACGUGCUGAUUCAUCGCUGGUCCCCAAACUUUCGUCCGAUCUUUGACGGUGUGAUUGUGCUGUUCUGGAACUUCUUCGUUCUGGCGGGUGGGGCGGAGAGAGAGGCCGUCGGCCCAACGCUCUUCGGCCCUGCACCGGGGCCCACGGACAAGGUGCCUCCUUCGGUCGACUGCUCCAAGCACUCCUUCGGCGAGAUGGGGCGAUGGCUUGGUCAGAAACUCGGUGAGUUGGCCGAAGCAACCAAGCAAGGCCUGAUCCGCUGCUGGGAGAACAUCAGUUGGGCCCUUCAAAAUGGCUGGAAAUGGUUCAAGCAUGGCUUCAACUGUACCCGACAACGGCUGUGUGCUUCCGUCGUGGUCCUGUUCUGCUUCCUCCGCUGGUUCAUUGUGGCAGUGUUCUACUACAUGGGCUACUGCAUCAUGGUGCUCCUGACCAUGGCGCGAGUAAGCUUGUACUGGACUUUUGCCAUCAUCAAGGGAACCGUCAUGCUCUUUCUGGCAAUUGCAGAUUUCUGCAAGAACUGUAUGUUCAUGUGGUUCAUCCCUGACGUCUCCAGUAUUGGAAAGGGAUGCUUCUACUGUGUAUUCUGGCCGAAGAAAGGCCAGUGGCCGAAGGAGGCUGCUUGCCUCGGCUUGCUCUGGCUCUUGACGAAGCAAGGACUGACUUUGGGUGCAGACUGCUUUGGGAAGGUGUGUGGCCAAGCACCGGCUUUCGCAGCCUGGGCCCGCAGCUCGGGAGCUGUCGGUCGGUCACCCAGCCACGGAGACUCUGGUGCACCCGAGGACGUCGUGUCUGAGGCUAUGGCGCAGCAGAGACGCCCCAAAGAUCGAAACAAAGAGUUCGAGGCGACAGAGCUGCACUCCAAACAUGUGCCCUGUUGGUGGGUGGAGGCGGAUCUCCGCAGCUGUGUGGAGGAGCGGAAGUCCUUCAACGACUGCGCAGUGCUGCUGGUAGACGUUUGUAACGCUGACAGCUUUGAUGCCGCGAGACUACGAGGCCGGUGGGCCAUGGCCGCUGGCCUUCGCUGCGUGACUGUACUGAGCUUCUCCGGACCAUGUCAGGGCAAAGCCUCUCCGUCCCCGCUCCGUGCCCGGCUCGUGCAGCAGGAUAGACUUGAUUGGCUGUCAGACGAGAUGAGCCUGGUGAAGCCUUCUCACUUCGACUGCACGCUGGAGGCGAUUGGGUCUGGGAGCCCUCAGUUCCAGCUCGAGCUCUUCUUGAAAGUGCUCACACUGCGGCUGCUGUGGCUAAACCUGGCUCCGAUAGAGGCAAGCGGAUCCCAAGCCAAGGCACCUGCGAGCCUCUCCACGCCAUCGUCACGCCGCUGGACCGGCCCUGCGCUGAGUUCGCGCUCGGACUCCGUCCCCGGCGGGCGCCGCCCUGGGCCGCGGCAGGGUGCAAGUCCAGGUCCGCCGCGAUGUGCUCACAUCUUGCCUGCCCGGUACAUGCCUGGGAUUCGAACUGCUCCCGAUGGACCUCCCCGAGGUCGCACAUGGUGGGGAUCCGAGCCCAGGAGUGUGUCUCCAAGGCGGCCUUCGCCGCCUGUGCACUGGAGUUCACGCCAAGCUGGCCGGAACCGCAGCCCCCUUCAAAUCCGGCGUCGGUCCGAAUCCGCUGGGCGUUCGGAGCCUCACGAGACGAUGGCCAGCGAAGAGGGCGAGGAGUUGCGGAGCAGCGAUUGCAAUCCGGCAUCCUUGGCAGCGGCAGAAGCCAAGCGCCUCGUAGCCGCAGGGCCACAGGGACCCUUCCGUCGGCCACAGCAAGAACAAGAGCGUCGAAAGUCGGUGGAGUUGUCCGGGACAACUAGCAACGGAGUGCAUCCGGAGGAGGAUGCCCCGCUGGAGACCGUCAUCAACCUGAGCACCUUAGCAGAGCGGUCUCGUGAGGCGCCGCAGUGCGACACGAGGGAGUUCCCUGUUGAAGCGCGUUGGUUCGAAUUUGGAGAAAGCUCCUUACCCCCAACAUCCCCCAACCGCCCAGCCGUUUGCCCUCCCAGCCACCAUUUGAAGCAACGGCGUGCUUCCCGAGCCUGGAAUGAGAAGGAGCGUAUUGCGCAAGGUGUGAAGAGGAUGGGGCCUGCCGGCACUUGA